AUGAUAGUGACGGAAAGAAACCAGUAUGUGGUCGACGUGAGCAAACACAGUCAUCCUGCGUUUGGGGCUUGCCCAAAAUCCGCUUCCGUCACAGCUCAAGUGCCAAGUAUGAUGCCGACUUUGCUGCGGACCAACAGUGGACGACUGGUACAAGAUCUGGCUGACCAUAGGAGUGUAGUCAACUACGAGUAUGUUGAUGAAACCGCCGAUAUAGCUAGCUGGUAUACUACAGAUUCUCCAUACUUGUCACAAAAUCGCCGUUUAUCCUCUGAGAGCGACCAGCAGCCAACUUCGCAGUCGUGUACCCCAGAUCAGGGAGGCCCCACAGACAUAGGCCAAGCGUCGCCGCAAAAAGGAAGACAUGUAUGCAAAGAACAGAAAUGUGAUGGGAAGUCCUUGGAAGUAUCAUCGGAUAAUGCAUACUCCGUCGCACCUUACUCUCCAAUAUGUCCUCGGUCAAACUACAGCCUACCCGGAUUGAAAGAAGAUACACUGCAACCAAGCAUAAAUAACCAGCCGAUCUUGUCAGGAUCCCAAUUCACACUGCAGGAAGCAUGUCUGAUGCGUUACUUCGUUACUGAGCUCGCUCACUGGUUUGAUUUAUGCGACAGUAAGAGGCACUUUGAGUUGACUGUACCACAGCGGGCAAUGUGUUCAGCUACACUCCGCAACGCUAUUUACACUACUUCAGCAAGGCAUAUUACUCGUGUUAAGAAGUACUACGUUGGAGAUCAAAUCAAAUAUCACAAUAACGUACUUUCGAAUUUGAAACCAGAGACAGCUCUUUCAUAUCACAAUAGGUGCAUAGAGCAUUUAGUAUCGCUUUCAGAUGAUCCUAUGCAAGUUAAUGAUGAGAAUCUCCUUGCUGCUGCCGUUAUACUUCGUUUCUAUGAAGAAGUCGAUGUUCCGUUCAUUGACGAUGACAAUGAGAAUGGCCUCAGAGGAAUUCGAGUAUUCCUACACCCCGAAGAUAUUUCGCCAACUACAGACAGAUCACUGCGACAUGCAGCCUACUGGAUAGCUCUUCGUCAGGAGAUACUCACAGCGUUUUCCAAGCAACGACCAUUCCGGCUCCCAUUAGAGCCGUGCAAACAUUAUCGCACAUUCGAUCCGGCUGAUGAUUACGUCUGGGCCAAUCGGCUAGUUUUACAUUGUGCUGAUGUGCUUCACUACUGUUUUGGCGCUGAAAAGGAGAUGACAAACCGCGACCCUAUGGAGUAUACGCCGGGUAUUUUACUUGCUAUGGAGCGUACCGAUACUCCCACGAAGCCCUCAGACACGGAGCCGUCUGAUCGUCUCGAAAAGUACGAUGAUCUCGUCGCAUUCGAAACUUUGUGGACGGAGUAUGGUCCGUCUUCCUUUAACCCUAUUUAUUCGCGCGAACCCGAUAGAUUCCGCGGAGAUAUCUUCCCCCAGUAUUGGUAUCUCAACAACUGCCAUGUUACGGGGAUUCAGCAUCUGGAACUGGCUCGUAUUCUUCUCAUGGCACAUAACCCACGAUUGCCUCGUUUGGGGCUAAAUCAUCGCAUAGCUAUGUCUUCCGUAGAUAGGGAUAUCAAGGAGACUGUAUUGCGAUUAUGUGGAAUGGCUGUUUCCAAUUCACACUGCCCACCCACAAUCGUCACUGCCGGGGUAGCUAUUGCUUUGUGUGGUGAUAAAUUUACCGAGAGAGUUGAGCAAGAAGCCUUGUUAGGGAUUCUUUACAAGCUUGACGACGAGUAUGGCUGGCCUACGCAAGAGAUAUUCAAGAGCCUUCGAGAAGCAUGGGGUUGGAUCGAGGAAGCUUGCUAG